GUUCUUCUUUUCACUUCUUCUGCUUUGCCUCCAGUCCCGCUACUCCAUCUCUAACCUGGUAAGGGGGAAGGGAAAAAAUUUAUAGAUCUCGAAGACCAGGAAGUCAAUUAGAGGGACCACCAGAAAUCUCCUCAGAUCCCGCUUGGAAAGCCGCCGCCGCCACCUCCGCCAUCGUACCCUGGUCGAGACGUCGCCGAAGAUGCCUCGGUAGUGGAAGAGAAUGGGUUGCUGCUUCAGCAAAACGGAGGCUCCAUCCCGCGGUGGAGCGGCGUCCACCGUCUGCCGGCGGAGGAGUCCGCCACUGCCGGAGCCUGAGGCGCUGCAAGAGGAGACGGUGAAGGAGGUGCUCUCGGAGACACCGAAAGCGAGGCCGAGGGAGGAAGGGAUUGAGAAGGAGAAGGUAGGAUUCGACAUGGUUUUGAAGGGGGAUCCAGGUGUUAACUCCAUCAAGGAAGACUACGAUGAGAGAUCCGAGGAGAACUCCGAGGUCUGCAGCAUGAGCGAGGGCUUCUCUGCCUCCACGAUGGCGACGGACAAAAGACUUGGGGAGGAGGGGGACUUGGAGGAGGUGGAGGGUGAGGCCAGGAGAGCGAGCGAGGACAGACCCCCCGCGAAGUUCCAGAGGAAGCGCUCCGUCUCCGGCAAGAUCCCUCGCAGCAGAGAAAGGGGCGCCAGCUGCGGCAGCGGGAGGUCCUCUCCAUCGCCGGUGAAAAGGAGGGAGGGUGCCGUCGGUCGGACGUAUUCCGCCAGGGAGACGGGGCAGGGGAAGGCGGCGAGGAGCCGGGUUCCGGCUGGGGACGCGUUCCGUAGGGACCCAGGGGAGAGGUCCGGCCGGAGGUCAGUGUCCCCGGCUGCAAAACGGGCGGCGGAGAUGCGCAGCGCCACCGCCGGUGGCCAAUGCAGGGUGGUGCCGGCGUCGAGGGCGAACGGCCGGUCGACGCCGCUCAGGAUCCCACCGCAGGCGGCGGCGGUGGCGGAUGAUGAGGAUGGAAGGAUGGCGGAGGAGGCGAGCGGCGGCGAGGGGAAGGAGUCCCUGGAGAAUCCCCUAGUCUCCCUGGAGUGCUUCAUCUUUCUCUAGUCUUCCGCUCUUGGGCGCGGUUAAGGUAUGCAAUCUGUUUUUAGGGGUAGGGUCAGCAUUUCCAAAUCCUUAGCGGGACGAAAGGAAAGGGGAGAGGGGAAGAGUGAGGCAAAGCUCUUGGCCAUUCUAGACGCGGGCGACGCUUGUUCUCAUUUGGUUGGGGAGGAGCAUCAUGAUGUGAUGGUCCCAGGCUUGGGAGCGGACCGUUUGAUCUUGAUCGUACGUUCUAAUGUAUUGUAAUUGUAACUUCUCCUUUCAUAACCAGAUAUAUCUAACUAUGGUACCUGCGUGUCGUAUUCUUGCCUUA